GUAAACUGCUGUUCUUAAUAUAUCGAAUACUGGGGUUCCGGCGAUAAAAUCGCUCAGAUUGAAGCCUCGGUGCCCGAUACCUUGGCCUGCUGAUAUGCCGUAACAUUGACGUUUUUGGCUGGGAUCUACCGCCAAGCCGAUUCUUUUUUCUGACAUACAUACCUUCCCUCGCCUCGUCGCUCAUCGCAUCUAUAAGAACCAAGUUGCUGGUUCGAUAUCCUUGACAUUCCUCACUGAGACCCAAACCACUUGUGAAGAGAGACAAUCAUCACCGAAGCACCAUGCCAGCGACAACAUACCACGGUCCUAUCAAUCCUCAUCCUGGCAAUGGAGAGGCCUCCAUCAUCAUCUUUGGUUAUGUGCCUUCGUUAGGACUCGCCAUCGCCGGUAUCGUCUUAUGGGCGUUGGUCAUUGCCGCUCAAACUUGGUUCACUAUCGUUCAGAAAGGCUACAGAACCUUCCAUCUCCUGCUCCUCAUCGGAUCGUUGAUGGAACUAGGAGGAUAUGCCAGUCGGGCGUAUGCUCACUUUCAUCCCUUUCUAAUCUCCACCUUUAUAUCUCAAUACUUUUUGAUCGUGGUAGCGCCAGUCCUCUUCUCUGCCGCAACUUACCUCUCCUUGACUUAUGUCAUCAAUGCCUUUCCAGGCAGUGACUCACUGCUCGUCGUAUCGAGAAAGGUGGUUUUGGGCUUCUUCGUCACUGUCGAUGUUGUCUGCACUGUCAUCCAGGUCUUGGGAUCAGCUCUCAUCGGUACCUCCGAGUCCGCAGCCGCUCAAGGCAACAGCUCUGCUGUGACUCCAACCCAGGCAAACGAUAUACUCCUGGCUGGUCUCGCGGUCCAGACCUUCUCAUUCCUUUGCUUUUUGACAGUCUUGUCCGUUGCGAGCUACAGGGCCAACAACUCAAAGUUCACACUUACCAGCGGCUCGCUCGCUGAGCGUAAACGACUGAGACUUUUCCUCUGGGUCAUUGUCUUUGCCGCCGACUUGAUACUCCUCCGAACGACGUAUCGUCUGGCCGAAACUGCACAAGGCUUCUUUGGGACGGCAGCGACGAGUGAGGUCCUCUAUGGAUGUCUCGAGAGUUUGCCCAUCAUCCUCGCCUUGAUGACCUGGUCAUUCCUGCCUCCCUCCAAGCUCGCAAAGCCAAGACGUGAAGAGAAGCAGGAAGUUCAGACGGGCUCCACGGAAGAGAAGAAGCGCGGUGGCAGGUUCGAGCGAGGCGAGUCGUCGGCAGUUUAGACAUUGAACCUUUGUACUGUUCCUAUACAAUCAUGCAUCCAGUUCUCGUUGAAAGGCA